UACCAUGUAAUCGUAGAAUUUUAUUUUAGAGAAGCAAUCUCAUUUUAACCCCUUGUAACUUUUAUUGUAUAGUUCAUUAGUCCAUUUUUUAAAACGACAAACCUCGUUCACCGGAAAUAAGAUUUUUUAAUGGAAAAUCUUUAAUUUAAGAUAUAGGUAUCAGUUUGUUAUUUUUGUUUACUUUUCAUAGUUUUAGCAGGUACAAAAUUAUAUUUAAAUUUAAAAUGCAUUUUUAUGAUUUAUAAAUAUGAAUCGAUUAAUCGUGUUCUACAUAUAAUGUAUUGUACUUUGUAUACUUUGACAUUUAAUAAAAAGCAAGAUGAUUUUAAAAAUUAUUGGCCCUUUUCGUAAAAAUAAAAGUUAUUUAUAAAUGAGAAUUCGAAAACAUUAUAGUAAUACUUCGGAUGAAUAACGGAUAUUGAGAGAUUUCUACUAUAUUGAUCACAAACUACGCUUUUACGAAAUUAUCGUUUAUACUUUUAAUUAUGAAAUAGAAACAUUAUGCGUUCAUUAAAAAUUAUAAUUUAAUAAUGUAGAUCUAUUAAACUUUUUAUAUACUGGAUUAAUUUUUCCUUAUUUUCCCCAAUAAGUUAAACUAUUUGAAAAGUGAUUUAUAAUUAUAGAAUAAUUGCGUAGGAUAAAAUAUUAAAUCAAUAUUUUGUUACUUUGGUGACCAAACAUCAGUUUCUUAUUUCUGAUACUAUUAAGCUAAUAUUUUUCGUGUAACUUUGAUCAUUUCUGUUAAUUGUUUAAAUUAUGGCUAAGUCUGUAACUACAUAUGAAAAACCUUUACCACACAUAAAUUUAGCAGAUUGGUAUGCUAAACAAUGGGAACUUCAGCAAAAUGCAGCUUUCAGAAGUGCAGAGGCAUUUGAGUUAAGAAAUACAGGAAAAAUUGUUCGCUCAGAGACAAUGGUAAAAACAAUAUGGGAUACAUACAUGAAUAAUACUCGCCUUGCAGAUAGAUUAACAGAAUUAUCACGUUGGAGAGAGUUACUACAAAAUUUGCUAGAUAAAUUAAUUGCAGAGUUAAAGUUUUUACAAGAUGAGAAAGUUGAUACAGAGAAAGAAUUAGAAACUUUAAAUUAUCCAUUACAAUUAACAGCAGAAUGUAUUUCCAUGAGGGAUUGUCGUAGAGGAACAGAACUUACUUACGAUGAAGCUGAUACAGAAUUGAAAAAAGAACUUUGUGUCAUUGAAAAUAUUAAGAAAUCAUUAACUGAUAGGGUGCAAGCUGCAUGGGAAAAAUUAAAUCGUUUAGAAGAAGUCAGAUUUCAAAUCCAGUUAGAAGUGGAAGAUAAAGAUGAAACUAUUAAAAUAGAGAAAGAAAAUCUUAAUUUAGAUCGAACAUGUGCAAAUAUUAGCUAUAAACCAAAUGCAUUAAGAACUCCAAAAGGUUCAAUAUCUUAUGAAGCUUGGUUGGAACAUUGCCGUUAUAUUAAAAUGUUAGCUGAUAAUGAAUUAAGCGAUGUAUAUAAUUUACGAGAAGCUAUAAAUAUAAUGCGUGAACGUGCCAGAAAUGAUAUUAAAGCUCAGCAAGACGUAACAGAUUUUAAUUUACGGAAAAGAAUUUAUCAGACACAAAAAGCUAGGAAUGAAUUAGAAUGGCAAAAGCUUAAAAUCCAAAAGGAAAUGGAAAUUUUACAAAAAGAAAUAGUUAGACUAGAAGACGCAUUAAUGCAUAAAAUUGAUUCGAUAAAAUGUGCAGAGACAAGAUUAGAAAAUCGUACUUAUCGUCCUGGUUUUGAACUCUGUCGUGAUGAACCUGAAUUAGGUUUGAAAGACGAAAUUUUACAUUUGCGACAAACUGAAAAAGACUUAAAAAGUGUAUUGGAAAAUUCAAAAGGGGCAUAUAAUAAUUUGGAAAGCUUACUUUUGCAAGUUGAUAGAAAUUUAGAUGAUAAACAACAUUCUUUGGCGACAGAUGUGAUGUGUUUAGAUAUGAGGGCAACAUUAAAAACAGGAGACAGAACACGAUUGCCAAACGAAACAGAUCGUAAUAUUGUUCUUACACGUAUGGAAAAAGAGAUACCACUUGAAUCAUGAAUGAAUUGUAAUGUUUACACAAAUCCAUUAGAAAAAACAUUCAUUCAAUAUAUAAAAUGUCCAUUUAUUGUAGUACUUAAUGAUGUUUUCAUUAUACACAAUAAACUUAUUAUUUGCAUAUGCUUAUGUGCCAGUAUUAAUAAUAUCUGGUUUGGCUUUAAUUAAACUGUAUUCUGAAAUAAACGAGUCUGUCAAUUUUG